GGUUUGGUCCUCAUAAAGCUGAAUGUGUAACACUUGUUUGUGUCUUGUAAUUGUCAGGCCCCGUGGUAAUGAAGUCUGUCUGCGCCCCCCCACUAAGCGGGAGCGGGGGGAUUACCUCGAGGUGAGCGCACUGACAUGUGAUUGGUCGGCGCUCCUGGUGAAAGGCACGCGACUUGAGUUGUUCCUAUAAAGUCCCCUCGCGUGCCGGUUGGUGAACACACAGGGGAACAAGGACCGAGCGGGACACCAAGCAGUCACAGGGGAACAAGGACAUAGCGUGGACAGCAGUCACAGGGGAACAAGGACAUAGCGGGGACAGCAGACACAGGGAAACGAGGACUGAGCGGGGACAGCAGACACAGGGAAACAAGGACCGAGCGGGAACAGCAGACACGGGAACAAGGACCGAGCGGGGACGGUAGACACAGUGUGGACAGCAAACCGCAGGAGGAGCAGCUCUGAGAUGGAAAGCGUCCUGGACCCCUUCUCCACGCUGGACACCUUCGCUUCCUCCCCUUAUUUUGACGAUGAAGAUUUCUUCACCGAUCAUUCUUCUAAAGACGGACACCUGGAGGCGGACGAUCUAUUGGAGGACGAUGUCGAAUUCCUCAACAGUCAUUUCCAAGACUAUUACGAAGACAGCCGAGGAGCGCCUUACGACGGGGACUACGACAUGGGAGACCUCUCCUUCUCCUCAUCGUCCUCCACGCUGUCUUACGGAUGCACCGACAGCAUAGCAGACCUGUCCCCGUAUCACGGUGGGCCAAUGUCGAAGAGGAGGAGGCGGAUGAGGUCCGACGUGGAGAUGCAGCACCUGAGACAAGCGGCCAACGUGAGGGAGCGGCGGCGCAUGCAGUCCAUCAACGACGCGUUCGAGGGGCUCCGCUCACACAUCCCCACGCUGCCCUACGAGAAGCGCCUGUCCAAGGUGGACACCCUGCGGCUGGCCAUCGGCUACAUCAACUUCCUGGCCGAGCUGGUCCAGUCGGACAUGCCCAUCAGAAACCCCAACAGCGAUGCGCACGUUCAGCCAAAGAAAGUCAUCAUCUGUCACAGAGGCACAAGGUCUCCGUCCCCGAGCGAUCCGGACUACGGGCUGCCCCCCCUGGCCGGACACUCUCUGUCCUGGACAGACGAGAAGCACCUGCGGGACCAGAACAUCAUCAGGACGGCCAAGGUCUGGACCCCCGAGGACCCCCGCAAACUGCACAUGAAAUCCUCCUUCACCGAUGUCGAGAACGAGCCUCCCUUUAGCAUGGUAGCAUUGAAAUGUUAGUUACAUUAUUUUUAUAUAACAUUUAUAAACAUUUGUAUUCCACAGUAUGCCUGGUGUAAAUGUGAAGAUACAUAUUUUGUUGAAUUUGCGUUAAACGCAGAAAAAAGUGCGCCUGGUUUCACCGCCUGUGGGACUUCCUGGUGCCAUCUUGUUGUACAUGCCUUCAUUGAUUCAAUGAGUUUGUAAAUACGCAUCGGACUCGUAUUGUAUCCGUUUUGCAUUGUCUACAUUUGAAAUGAAGCAUUUUCAAAUGCAAAAUUGUUAAUAAUAAUCUAUUUAAUUUAAUACAAUUUUUGGGAUAAUUUAUGUUUAAUUUAUUAGUUUAUCCAGUUAAUUUAUAUAGUAGGCCCAUAUAUAGUAGGCCUAUAUAUUUUUUUUAUCAUUCAACCGUGAAUUAUAUAUUUAUACAUCUUCUGCAAAUAAAUAUUUUAUACUGUC